UUCCUCCACAGCCUUGUGCUUCAUUCCAGUGCACAAGCCGAGCGAAGCAGACGAUUCACACAGCAGCCAAAGCUGAUGAAUUCGCUCAGGGAAUAAAUAUCUAUAAAUCGCGCGACUGUUUCUUUAUAGGAAUACCACUUGAUCGUGGACGCAUGUACCCUAGCUGGGACUAUUCACCAUGGUUCUGACACAAGUGCGGCUAUCUUUGCCUCUGCUCCACUGACCACAGAGAAACUCUUCGGAUCUCCUCGAAAAGGCUGUUACUUCUUUAUUUUUCAUUGACUGUAAACGAAAUAUUGCUGGAAAUAAUCUCCGGAUGGUGACCACGGACAGGACUACCUGUUUUCAGCUGCUUCGCUCAGUGCGAGGGGAAGGGACUCGAAGACUUGCGCCCGGUGCCUUUUCUCUGGUUUAAUAAGGUACAUUGGAGAUCGUUGAAAAGGAAGACGGGCUGCUAUAUUCACGCAUUUUAGUUCCUCCGAACACUCACCUUUACGUGUUUUGGUGAAUGGGGGUAACUCUGGUCCUGGAGGCUUGACACAGCUGGGACUGGGACAGGGACUGGGACGGGACUGGGUGCGUGGAGCGUCGGAUCACCCAGGAUUGUAUUCCCUCCUCUCGCUCUCGUGGGUCUAUUUACAUGUCCGACCUGACCGCUUUAUGACAAUGGAUUACUUUCUGCUUUUAUGCAGCAUCUUGCUGCCUGUGGUGUCCGCCGUUGAAGAGACGCUGAUGGACACGAAGUGGGCCACGACAGAGUUAGCCUGGACUGCACACCCUGAGACCGGAUGGGAAGAAGUGAGCGGAUAUGAUGAUGCCAUGAACCCUAUCCGGACGUACCAAGUCUGCAAUGUUCGUGAGCUCAAUCAGAAUAACUGGCUACGCAGUGACUUCAUCCCACGAAAGGAUGUGCUGCGUGUAUAUGUGGAGAUGAAAUUCACAGUGCGUGAUUGCAACAGCAUUCCUAACAUCCCAGGUUCCUGCAAAGAGACCUUCAACCUCUUCUACUAUGAGUCCGACUCAGACUCAGCCACAGCCACCAGCCCUUUCUGGAUGGAGAACCCUUAUGUGAAGGUGGACACUAUUGCCCCAGAUGAGAGCUUUUCCAUGCUUGAGUCUGGACGGGUAAACACAAAAGUAAGAAGUUUCGGGCCAUUGUCCAAAACCGGGUUCUACUUGGCCUUCCAGGACCUUGGUGCUUGCAUGUCACUCAUCUCAGUGAGGGUAUUUUACAAGAAGUGCUCCACCACCAUUGCCAACUUUGCAGUUUUCCCAGAGACAGCAACUGGAGCUGAGGCAACGUCCCUGGUCAUUGCGCCGGGAACUUGUGUCCCAAACGCCCUGGAGGUGUCCGUGCCACUGAAGCUUUAUUGCAAUGGAGAUGGCGAGUGGAUGGUUCCUGUAGGAGCCUGCACCUGCUCAGCUGGUUUUGAACCAGCCAUGAAGGAUACCCAAUGUCAAGCUUGCAGCCCUGGCACCUUCAAGUCCAAACAGGGAGACAGCUUCUGCUUGCCCUGUCCAGCCAACAGCCGUGCCAGCUCAGGAGCAUCCAGCGUUUGCUCCUGUCGAAACGGUUACUACCGCUCAGACACUGAUUCUCCCGACUCCCCCUGUACAACUGUUCCUUCGGCACCACGCAAUGUCAUCUCCAGUGUGAACGAAACCUCGCUCGUGCUGGAAUGGAGCGAUCCACGUGACUUGGGUGGCCGUGACGACAUCUUCUACAACAUCAUAUGUAAGAAGUGCCUGCCUGAGCGGGGAAUGUGCUCACGGUGUGACGACAACGUUGACAUCUCGCCACGCCACCUGGGCCUGACCCAGCGCCGCGUGGCCAUCCGUAACCUACAAGCCCACACACAGUACAGCUUCGAGAUCCAGGCGGUCAACGGUGUUUCCAUCAAGAGCCCCUAUACACCUCAGUUCUCUACAGUCAACAUCACCACAAAUCAGGCCGCUCCGUCUGCAGUGCCCACAGUUCACCUGAUGGCGGCCACAGCGAGCACCAUGAGCCUGUCCUGGCUGCCUCCAGAGAAACCCAACGGAAUCAUUCUGGAUUAUGAGAUUAAGUACCAUGAGAAGGUAAGCGGCAAUGAUCAGGGUGAGGCCAUUGCUCAUACCAUGACUGCCCAACGGAGCAACGCCCGCAUUGAAGGUCUUAAGGCUGGUACGCCUUAUGUGGUACAGGUCCGUGCCCGAACAGUGGCCGGUUACGGCCGUUACAGCAGCCCAGCCGACUUCAGCACCAAUCUGCAAACUGACCCUCCCAAGUCCUGGCAGGAGCAGCUGCCACUCAUCGUGGGAUCAGCCACUGCCACCUUGGUCUUCAUCAUUGCAGUUGUGGUCAUCGCUAUCGUCUGCCUCAGAAAGCAGAGAAACGGUUCAGAGUCGGAGUACACAGAGAAACUGCAGCAGUACAAAUCCCCUAUAGUAACGCCGGGAAUGAAGGUCUACAUUGACCCCUUCACCUAUGAGGACCCCAACGAGGCCGUGCGCGAGUUUGCCAAGGAAAUAGAUGUCUCCUGCGUGAAGAUCGAGGAGGUCAUUGGCGCAGGUAACCCACCAAAGCUCCUGAGCUACAGGGGAAAGACUGCUAGUCACCUCCAGGCCAUACCGUUAGAGGACUUCACACCAAGCGGAGAGUUUGGGGAAGUGUGCCGCGGUCGCCUCAAGCUGCCUGGGCGCCGGGAGAUCAUCGUAGCUAUCAAGACUCUCAAGGUGGGCUACACUGACCGCCAGAGGCGAGACUUCCUUUCUGAGGCUUCCAUCAUGGGCCAGUUCGACCACCCCAACAUUAUCCGUCUGGAGGGCGUGGUCACCAAGAGUCGGCCAGUGAUGAUUGUGACCGAAUUCAUGGAGAAUGGAGCACUGGACUCUUUCCUAAGGCUAAAUGACGGGCAGUUCACAGUGAUCCAGCUGGUUGGCAUGCUGCGUGGUAUUGCAGCAGGCAUGAAGUACCUGUCAGACAUGAACUACGUGCACAGAGACCUGGCUGCCCGUAACAUCUUGGUCAACAGUAAUCUGGUGUGUAAGGUGUCUGACUUCGGCCUAUCCCGUUUCCUCGAGGAUGACCCUACAGAUCCAACGUACACCAGCUCCCUGUAUUUCAUGCUCACCUACUCAUUCGCAUAUCCACAGGGAGGGAAAAUCCCCAUUCGCUGGACGGCUCCUGAGGCAAUUGCCUACAGGAAGUUCACCUCGGCCAGUGAUGUAUGGAGCUACGGCAUUGUCAUGUGGGAAGUGAUGUCAUAUGGCGAACGGCCGUACUGGGACAUGAGCAAUCAAGAUGUGAUAAAUGCUGUGGAGCAGGACUAUCGACUGCCCCCACCCAUGGACUGCCCCACAGCACUGCACCAGCUCAUGUUGGACUGCUGGGUAAAAGAGAGGAACCUGCGACCCAAAUUCACCCAGAUUGUGGCCACGCUUGAUAAGCUUAUCCGCAAUGCUGCCAGCCUCAAGGUGGUCACCAACAGCACACAGUCCACUGGGGUAUCCCAGCCCUUGCUUGACCGCUGUGUGCCAGACUAUACCACUUUCACCACUGUGGGGGACUGGCUGGAUGCCAUCAAGAUGAGCCGCUAUCGUGACAACUUCGUCAACGCCGGAUUUGCUUCCUUUGACCUGGUGGCCCAGAUGACAGCAGAGGACUUGCUGCGGAUAGGGGUAACGUUGGCUGGCCAUCAGAAGAAGAUUCUUGGUAGCAUUCAGGACAUGAGACUACAGAUGAACCAAACACUUCCUGUUCAGGUGUGAGCGACAGGACACAGACCGAUGCAGUCGAAGGACAGCCAGAUAGGAAAAGGGGGGAGGAACUAUGCCAGAGAGAGCCAUUGGAAAACCCUAGCUGCCUGACCCAUCUCUGCCAAUUAGACGCUAUGAAACUGGCUUGCAGUGCCUCUGACUAUUUUUUGUUCUUCAUUUCACUACCACUUCCAUUUCCUGUUCCUGCUUUUUUGUUAUUCGUCAUUGUUUCUUUUUCCAUCCAAUCAGAAUUAGUGUGUUUUUGAAAGCGGAAGAAGAGUUAACCCCCUUAUAUCCCAUGCGUGCCUCACCAGCUCUGGUGUGGGUUGACAUUUGCAUGCAUGUGUGUUUUGGUGAGGUUGGCCUUAGCCCUGUAACUGAAAUGUCACACUCUGAUCCUCAUGCAAGAGCCCUUCCCCUUGACCUCUCAACCCAGCUUUGAUGGACGUAAUACAUUGCAAAGAAUGAACACCAUGGUAUAAAAAAAUCCAACAAAUGUUCACCCACAUAAAAAACAAAACAAAAAGCAGAGGUGUUUCGGAACCGCAGGAGAUAGAGGACAAUUCUUUCUCUGAAGUUGUUUUAUUGUGCACGUGUGUCAUUGUCCAUCUUCAUAUUGAAGGUGUGUUAUCUAAAAGGGCACUUGCUGGAGAAGGGUGAGGUGGUGGAAGAGUAAAUAAGAUGGGCUGAGGUCAAAGGUCAAGAAGAUGACAGAGGUCAAAAAGGUCAAAGGAGGGCAGCCACAUUUUUGGACACUUGCUUUGGCUGCUGUAUCCUCAAUAGGUCACCAGAUGACCUCUUCACCCUGACCUGAAGUGAGUCAGGAUAGUUCCACAGCUUGAGAUCACAUACUCAUCAACUGUGUUUUUACACAUAAAUUGUUUUUAUUUUGUCCACACAGCUUUUUUUUUCUUUUUUUGGCUUUCUUACACAUUUUUGGGAGAUUUGUUUUUUCAAAAUGGCCGGUCAAACCUAAGUACCCCCACUGGACGCUUUAUGUGAUUAAGGGGAGACAAGGACUGUGGCAACACUAUAGAUAGACCACUUGGCCUUUUGUGUGCGUUUUUGUAUGUGCGUGUGCGCAUGUGUGCGCGUAUGUGUGAUUAAGUGUGCUUGGAUGUGCGAGUGUGUCAAGUUGCACACAAGUAUACUGUACAAUACAGCUUCCGCUAUUUGCCACCGUGGAGAAUUAACGCAUGAACUGAACCGUGACAAGGAGCAAAUAUAUCUGAAACAAUUACGCUAUAUUCUGUGGACAACUGUUAAACAUUCUUUUUUAUUGAAUCCAAAAAAAUUAACUUUGGACAUACAUAUAUAUAUAAAAUUAUAUAUAUAUAUAUAUAUAUGAAUCAUGCAGAAACUGAGAAAAACCAUGACGGACACCUUACUUUCUACUUACUAUUAUCUGGAUUUAGAAAUAAUCAAAAUUCUUGUUUUAAUUUCUUGACAUCCUGUCCUAUGUAUUUAUUUGUACCUCGCCCGCCAACCCCCGACCCCCACCAACACCCAGAUGGACUGUAGGCCAUUUGGGACAGUGGACUUGGAACAAUCACAAGGAAGAGAAACUCCAAGAGGAUUCACCUAAUGAAUUGAUGAUUAUUAAACAAAAGUAAUUGCAUAGAAAUUGGAUAUUGUAUUUUUGUUGUUGUUCUAAACAGCCUGUACAUGUUUUGUAACAAAAAUACGAUAAAUAACAAAAGAAAAAUGGUGUUUUGACAAAAUGGAAGUGCUGUUGUGAAAUGUUUGGUUCAGAGUGAAAUUAACAGAAAGCAAAGGAAGAAGAGAGAGAAGGGGGAAAGUCAGGAGGUAGAGAGGAAGAGAUGAACAACACCCAUGGUUAGACUACUGGUAAUAACAUGUUGCCCUUUUACUCUCCGUCCAUUGUUGUGUGAGUGUCUAUGUAGGUGUGUUCAAGUUUGUAUGUGCCACCUGAACUGGAUAUUAAGCUUCCCCAAUCCAUUCUCAUUCUCAGCAUAAAGAGCAUUUGUGAAGCACUGAGCUGUUACUAAUCGUCUUCCAGGCAUAUUGUUUUCAACUCAAAACCUCCUGCAAACCACUCAAAGGCAUCUUUGUGGUUUACCUAUGUUUUAAUUUUACUUAUUUACCAUCACCUCCAACAAUGGGAUCUUCCCAACCCAUCUUAUGUAGGAGUUUUAAGCAAUCUUUAGGGAGAAGGUCCAGAGAUGAUGGCCUACCUGCCAAUCACUUCAAUUGCCCCAGAGGUGGAGGAGCUCCUUCACUAGACCUGCAGUUUGUCUCCCUGCAACAAGAUCCUCAUCAGAGAAUCCAGAGCUGUCAGAAGAGAAACCUAUUGGUCUUUGUCUGUCAGGUCGAUUAAUGCAGCAGCCAAUCUGGCAUUGCGAUACGAGCACGCAGCGAGCGCAGACAUACGGCGGGCUGACCUAUCAUUAUCUCUCUUCAUUUCCUGUCUGGCCUGCAAUCAUCCUGUCUCAGCUCAGGCUGCUGCAUGAUUAGUACAGUGCAGGAUCAACAGCCCUGGCACGCAGACAACCAAAGUCUGCACCCCCCCAUCCUAAAUGAUAGCAGCUGCAUCACGGAGACCAUACUAUUUGCACUUCUCACAGAGGGGUGUUUGAAGGUAUGAAAGGGAUGGGGCUUUAUCACUGAUGUGAUCUUCCAGUCAGUCUUCAUAUUGUUUGGGUUGGAGCUGAUCAAUGCAAUAUGUGAAUAUUAUUAGUUAGGUGUGUAAUGAUAGUGUAAUAUUAGUGGCCAUGCAGUGUGUCUUGCCAUAUUACUUUUGUAAGCCUCUCUUUAAGUCCCCUCAAAAGUCAUGGAGGAUAUUAUGCAAAAGAACAAUGCGUUUCCCAUUUUAUAUUGUUUAAUCUUAUUCCACAUACAGACGUUUUCACUACUGCUAGUACACUCUGUAAAGGGCUUACUAACCUGUAACAGUUGUAGUACACAAUCAAGUAAUAAUUUAACUGUUGUGUACUCAAACUAUACAGGAAAUAAGUCUCAUAUCCUUACAUGUGUUUCAUCAAAGUGUGAGUUCAGAUUUCUAAUACAAUGGUUGAGAAUCAGAAGCGCCGGUAUCAUCAGCAUGAUUUGGUAUGAUGAUGAGAAAGUGUUGGAAGUGCCUGUUAGAUGAGCAAACAUUUUUUCCUUGAUACCAUUCUGCAGAAUUAUUUUGUUUCUCUCCAUAGCAAAACAGCAUUUUGAAUGGAAAAGAGUGAUAGAGUCUACAUUCAGAGAUGACAGAAGAGCAGACUUAAUGUUAUAAGAAGCUAAUUUUUACCCCAGGUCUCCCAGGAAUAUACAAUAGUACUCCCUCUUCCUGCACUCAGCUCAGUCAUUCAAUCAGCUGAGACCCACUGUUGCAAAGUUGCAUGUGACACAAAAAAAAGACACAGUUGAUGCAUAUAAAAAUAGAGAAGGGGGGCAUAUGGGGGCUAAACACAAUCAGAUGGCAAACAUGCCCACUCAUGAAAAAUGGCAGCGCUUUGUAUCUUGCAUGAACUAUUGAUGAGGUACACAUGGUGCUCUGGAGUUGUGUUCACCAAAGUCAACCGGCUGUGAGUGAUGAGCUCAACUGGCACUGUUGCACAUCUUAAAAUGAUUAAACUGCCACCACAUCAACUGAAAACAAUUAAUCUUUAAGUGGAUUUUCACACAUUCAUGGGAGGGUUUAAUAUUCAACAUUCACAGAGAGGAAAGUCACACACUCUCUUGUGUUUUUUGUUCAUCCUUCUGACUGCAAAUUGCUGAAAUUAAGAUGGACUGUUAUGUUUGUGUGUGUGUGUGAGAGAGAGAGAGAGUGUGUGAAAUAAAAGGAUUGCCAUUUCAUACAAAAACUUUGAUCAGCAGAGUUUAGGUGUUGUCAGAUGUGGUUAUCUCUGUGUGCCAAUAGGAUUCAAACUAUCCCAACAUUCCUUCCACCUUCCUUUCCCUAUUAUACAUCUUCCACGGAUCAUCAAACAACCACUCCCACCCUUCCCGAAACCCCUUCACUUACAACUUUCUGUUCUUCAGUUGUCUGUUUUAAAUAAAUAUAUACAGUACUGUC